AUUUGUUGGACCCUCUUCUCUUCUCUCUCCAUCUUUUCAUUUCAAGAAAAUAAAUACCCCUUUAUCCACCUCUUCCUUCUCCUUCUUCUCUCAACUCAAGAUUCAAGAAAAUACAAUAAAUCUUCCAAGAAUCAAGAAAAGAAGAGAGAUCAUUCAAGAAUCAAGAAAUAUUUUUUCAAGAAAUGCCUGGUAAAAUAGGAACAAAUCUUCAUCUAUGCUUUACAAAAAUCAAGAAUCCAUUAGAACUCGAUCACUCUCCUUCUAACCCUCAUCAUCCACUUGUAGUACAAAACUAUAAUUCCCUCUUCGAAACCAAAUCACCACCCGGCUCAUCCUCUUCCUCCUCCUCCUCCUCCUCCUCCGCUGAACCCGACUUCGCCACCGUGUUCGCCUCCAACCGCUUCUUUUUCUCCUCCCCCGGCCGCUCAAACUCCAUCAUCGAAUCCACACCUUCACUCGUAACUCCGACUGAAUCAUCUAACUCCCUAGUUAGCCUAAAAUGCAUUCCUCAAUCCGACCGGUCAUCUUCAGAGUCAAUGAGCAGCUCUCCGUCCACGGUUAAAAACAGCGUAGCAGUCCCCACUUACUCGCCGGACCCGUACUUGGAUUUCCGGCGAUCCAUGCAGGAGAUGGUGGAGGCACGUGAGCUAGUCGACGUGAAGGCGAAUUGGGAUUACUUACAUGAGCUAUUAUUAUGUUAUCUUGCAUUGAAUCCUAAGAGUACACAUAAGUUUAUAGUUCGAGCUUUCGCUGACCUUCUUGUUAGUUUAUUAGCGUCGCCGCCGCUGCCGCCGCCGUCAACUUCAACCGUCCAACAGGCGGAGGGAGGAGACUGAAUAGAGAAAUUUCUUUGGCAAUAUUUGCAUGUAACAUGUAAUGUUGGACAUGUCGGAACAAUGAUUGGGUAAUGUUAUUACGAUUGAUUUGGCUUUA